AUGGCCUCUCCCCAAGUUCACCAUCUGUUCCAUGCACCAAUUGCAGACCACUCGUUCUCCACUGACAAGCAGACACUCGCUGUCGCUCGGGAGAACAAUGUGGAGCUGUAUCAACAAUCAGGCAACAAGUUUGCGCUGAGCGAUGAGCUCAAGGGUCACGAGAAGACUGUUACUAGUGUGGACAUUGCUCCUAACAGUGGUCGCAUUGUUACUUGCUCUCAGGACCGCAACGCCUACGUCUGGGAACAGACCCCCUCUGGCUGGAAGCCCACCCUCGUCCUCCUCCGAAUCAAUCGUGCUGCAACCUUUGUGCGCUGGUCGCCCUCGGAGCAGAAAUUCGCCGUCGGCUCCGGCGCCCGAGUGAUCGCUAUUUGUUACUUCGAAGAGGAGAACGACUGGUGGAUCUCGAAGCACCUCAAGAAGCCUAUCCGCAGCACCAUCACAACUCUCGCAUGGCACCCAAACUCCGUCUUGCUGGCUGCCGGAUCCACCGACUCCCACGCUCGCGUCUUCUCCAGCUUCAUCAAGGGUAUCGACACCCGCCCCGAGCCCAGCGCUUGGGGUGAGCGCCUGCCCUUCAACACUAUCUGCGGUGAAUACCUUAAUGACACCGCUGGCUGGAUCCAGGGUGUUGCAUUCUCCCCGAGCGGCAAUGCUCUUGCCUUCACCGGACACGACAGCAGCGUGACUGUCGUCUACCCCAGUGCUCCCGAGCAGCCACCUCGUGCCAUGUUGAACAUCUCCACCCGCCUGCUGCCUCUGAACAGUCUCAUCUGGAACGGCGAGACUGAGAUUAUUGCAGCUGGACACGACUGCGAGCCUUUCCGCUUCCAAGGUGACGAGAACGGAUGGCAACUUGCCGGUUCCUUGGAGAAGAAGGCCGGAGAUGCCGGCGGUGCCCGUGAGGAGUCUGCCCUGAACAUGUUCCGACAGAUGGAUCUCAAGGGUCAGGCCUCGGCAGACACCAAACUCAAGUCUACCCACCAGAACACCGUGAACACCAUCCGUGUUCACGAAGGGUCCAACGGGGCUGUCAGCUCCUUCAGCACGAGCGGUGUUGACGGUCGUGUGGUGGUCUGGUCCGCGUGA